GUUCCGAUCUAAUCUGUGACUUCGAACGUGCUCUCCGCCUUCAAUUCAAAAGUGACACGUUUCGCUUCCAUGAGAUUCCGUGACGCUCGAUGCUUGCCUAGACGUCGCGUACCUAGGUACUGAUGGGGUCCUGACUGGUGCAGCUGUUGGCAUCGAGUUGGUCUUCGCUCGACGCUGCAGCUUACACCGAACAACACACUAUCAAAAACGUCUUAACAAUUUCACAACAAACACACGCGCGCGUCUUUUCGUCCAAGGAUCAUCGGAUGCCAUAAAUUGUUUAAUUGACUCGAUCACCCUCCUUUAAGAACAGCUGGCCUGGCCUUGUGUUGACUCACAAAGACCCCUCCUUCCACUCGCAAUGUCCAUGUUCCGCAGGCCGGGAGAUUCAUCGUCAAGCUCGGAAACCUCUGAUGACGACGAAAGCGAGUACGAGGAAGCAAGCGAAUCGCAUCAGGAUAGCGUCCUGUCACGAAUCCAAACUCUGGACUCUGCUGCUUCGGGACAUCAGCCUCUUCAGCCCCACCGGCCGCCUCUAGAAUUUCGGCAAAACUCAGCGCAAAAUGUUCGGGAUUUGAUGUUACAUUCGCUAUUGGAAGAGCGAACCAUUCGGCAAGUCGCAGAGCAACUAGGAAAGGAUCCCUCUGAUCCAGAAGUACAGCGAUUAGGAAGAGGCGCCUAUAAGGAAAUCGCUCGCCAGAUCUCCAACAACGUGGAUGACACCUACGCGAGCGAUGAGAUGCAGAGUCACCGAACAACCGCGAACCAGGGAAUUCAUCGGUUGACGCAGGGCAACCUUAGCAAACUUGCUGUAAUCCCCGAAGCAACUUCAACGGCCCUCGUCUCACGUCCGGGGACUGCAGUUCACCCUGCUCUGCCUCAACAGCCGUCUCUAGGAUUCGAUAUGAUGUCUGGUAUCUCAGCACCGGUAGAACUUCGGCUACGAGGAUAUCCUCAUUUGCAAACAGACCGCUACAUCCGCGAGUUUUCGGAGCUCGAAAUUGUGGGGAAGGGCGGAUACGGCAAGGUUUUCAAAGCCAAACACAAACUAGAUGGCUCAUUGUAUGCUGUAAAGAGGAUACCAGUGAGCCCGUCCAAGGUUGCAAGAAUACAAGAGCAUGGGCCCGAAGAACUGGAAAGCAUGCUUGAGGAAGUCCGUUCGCUCGCUCGGUUCGAUCACAACAACAUAGUCCGGUAUCACAACGCUUGGCUGGAGUUCACCACAAUACCGGCAGAUCCUGUGACCGCGCCGGAAGUCACGAUGUUACGCAACGACCGUCUUUUGGAUGAUAGACCCGCGUUUCCGUCAUUUUCACCAGGCUCGGGAGAUCUGCAUUCUCAGCUAGAUAGCCUGACGAUGGACAAUCCCUUUGCGAGCACCGAACACAGCAAUAGCGCGGGGAUCAUAUUUGAGUUCAGCGAAUCUGAACAGCAAGUGAACGAGACCAGGAGCGAGAGCGUUCAUACAUCAUACAAAGAGACUUUGAGGCAGACAAGGCGCAAAAAACGUCGGGGUAGCCAAGCAAGCCAGACCACGAUAGCUACAAUAUCUUCGACAAAAUCCAGGAUGAGUGCUGUGGAGGACGUUGACGAAGACGAGGAUGAUGACGUUGAAAAUAUACCCCGAUCACACAUGCCGUAUUCUCAAGAGUCACUUUCCGAGAUGUCAGACAGCAUGAUAUCGAACAGCGACGCGCCCCGCCAUUUGAUCCAAAAUCAGAGCCUUGGACCAGUUCUGACGCUGAACGUGCAAAUGAGCCUUUGCGAAACCAACCUUGCCGCCUUCCUCUCUUCCGAUCAACUCUCGCCUACCACACACGCAGUUGAACAGCAUUGUUUCCAUCCUUGCGUAUCACUGGAGUUACUAGACAACAUCGUCUCCGGAGUCGAAUACCUCCAUGCACAGGGUGUAGUCCAUCGCGACCUCAAACCAGCCAACGUCUUCUUAUCGCUCUCGCGAGCGCGCCACGCUCCGUACGGUUCCGUCAACGUCUCAAGCUGCACAAAGUGCCCGAAACGUGAUCGCUUACACAUGACACCACGAAUCGGAGAUUUCGGCCUUGUUGCGGCGCUGAGCGAUAGCUGCACUGUAUCGGAUACCUUCAAGCCCGUGGGUACAGAGUUUUACCGCCCGCACACAGGCAGUGGUAUCAACGAGAAGCUGGACGUCUUCGCGCUUGGUGUCGUAGCGUUUGAGAUGGUGCAGAAGUUCAGUACGCGUAUGGAGCGAAUAUCAGCUCUUACGGAGCUUCGACGCGGAGUCUUUUCAGAUGGCUUCGCGCAGGGUCUGGGCGAUGUGGGUGACGAUGUGCAACGGUUGAUCAGCGAAAUGGUGCAAGGCGAUGAAGCGAAGCGGCUGGGUUGCGAAGAUGUGCGGAUUGAGAUUCAAAAGCUAGUACGUGCUUCGAGGAUGUGAUUUAUAGUCUCCAACACAGAGCGGACGUGUUGCAUUGGGAGGCGUAGAAGAUAUAAAUACCCACGCAUCUGUGGUGACUUGGACAAGUCGGUUAUAUUGCAUCGUAGCUAUUAAAAUGCGAAGGUCCUCUCCAAAUGUC